AUGACGACGGUGCCCCGCUCGACCUGGGACGCCGGCGCAUGUGCCGCGGACCUGCGCGACACGCACCCUGGGCCGGCAGCGCGGGGCGCCGACGCGGCGUGCGGGCUGCCCAUACUCCGGAGGCUGUUCGGCGGCAUCUGCACGGCGCCGCAGCACGCUGUGGACGGAGAGUUCGAGUUGUUCGUCCCAAACGGGAGCGAGCAAGGCCUGUACUCGCUGCCGCAGCCCUGCAGCCUCGGCGACCCGCACGGCCCGUACG